AUGUUCAGAGCGAGUUACGAAUACAAAGAGAUGAAGGUUCAGCCCCCAGGGGUUAGAGCUAUUUGGAGCAAUGAAGUGAGGUUCCUUGGUCGAUCAGACAGCGACGCUGAAUCUGAGCAACCAAUUAACACCUUGAUGAGGCUCAACCUAAGCGCCGAACGAAUGCAUCAAGCAUACGUUGGCGGUGUCACUGGGACAAGCACGGAGUUGCAACAACAGUCAAAGACAGACCAAGGGCUCGAGCCCAAAAGCAAAUCCAUGUCGGAUGGCAAGCUUUCCCCGGAACGAGUCGAGGCGGUGAAUGAGCGGGCGGGAUUGGUGAGGGGUCGAUGGGAGACUCUGCCGGCCAUGCCGCCAAGCGCAGUCGUGUCUCUCCCCUUGUCUCAGCGGACUUGUGGCGUGCAUAGAAUCAAUGCAGCCGGUUGGCGCUCGACCAUGAUGCAGUAG